AGAACAUGUUGAAUGUUAUGUUUAUGCUAUUUUACAAUUUUGUUGUUCUAUGACACCUAUCGAGAAAGUUCACAAUGAGUUAAGUACGCUCCUUACAAUUCUGGCCGAAAGUCUACUUUGUGUGCCUGCAAAUGUCAAAAUAUACCUGCACGUAUAAAAGUAUGCGUACGCGCGUAAAUAUAAACGUGCACGCAUGCAUUUUAUCAUAUAUAGAUGCGCAUAGAUGGACGUGAACGCGUUUUAAUACAAGCACUAGUAAUUACAAAUGCAAGGGUAAAAUUAUAUUUCUUGUUUAAACGUCUGACAAGCAUUCAGCUGACCAAAACUGUCGCUCUGAUGUGAAAGCUUCUAACUCAAAACAACAUAGGCCUUCAACAAUGAGCCCUGAAAAAAAGAAUUCGUCUGGCUGUUCUGCUAUAUAUAGAGGAGAAAUUUGUUUUGUGUAUGCAAAGCACUGUACAUUGUUUGACCCUGUUUUCCCCUAACUUCUUACAACCAGGCAGAAAAUGACCAUAUUUUGGAAAAUUUUAUAGUUUCACUACUAACAGUGAAUGGACUAUUGAGUAUUAUUAAAUCACAUUUAUUGUUUACUGUUGGCAAGGAAACUAACAAACGCAUGCUUAUUAUAUGCUAUAAUUCUUUUAGGUCUGUGUGAUUAGGUUAUUUCGGCUGAACAUAAGGAAGACGGUCUUCGGUCGGCUAGCGAAAAUGUUCAAAACUGACAUGUGCCACAUAAGCCGCAGAUUCUGACAUACGAUACCUGCAUCACAUUUAGAGCAAUCAACUUUCAAUGGGAAAUAUCAGUUAUUCUCUCCCUUGUUUAUCUAUUUAUAUUAGGCAGAGUUUAUGUUAUAAUCCAAGAUCUACGAUGUCACUCAGGUCUGUUUGGCCCAGUCCUGUAACUGUAUGACGUCAGCGUAGCCCAGCUGUCAAUUGUAUAGGCAUCAAUUAGAGUUCCCAAAGUCGGAAGGUGUAUAUCUUAUCACCUUUAUUUCAAGACCUUUACGUGUUAUACUAGUAAACCAAGUAGAUUUGAUCGACGUCUUUACACUCAACGUCAACGUCAAAACUCUAUUACAUUAGUGUAAUACCAAAAUUAUGUAAUGACUCCCACGACGUAAAAAAUGCAAUACAAUAACUGUAUACACAGGAGUAGACAUGCACCAGUCGUUAAAUACCUCUGCAAUAAAAGUCCUCUCCAAUAGCACUUUCAAUUUUCAAAAUAUCUCUUUAUCUCUGACUCGAACUUGAGAUGAGCCCAGAGAGAAAAAAAUAUUUUCUUAGAAAAUAUCAGUGUCUGUAUGAAGAAAAAAUAUUACUACAGAUUACUUAUUCUCAACAGAGUUUGCGAGUCUAAUACAGUCCAAUUUAGAAACGAAUCACCUCUUCGGUUUGUUUAUAUAACUGAGCAAUCAUGACGACCUAAGCCUUACUGUACUCCCAAGUUGAGUAUACGUUUACCUUAUUCCCAGUUACUUCCCUGUACUUUUUUUAUUUAGUGGACUCUGACCACCAUUUACACCUUUUUUUAAACAGGCUACAUUACAUUGAAGUUUUAAAGCGCGUGUUUUGUAAUGUUCUUACACCAAUAAGAACAGUAACGUCUAAAAGCAUUUGUGUUGAAAGGACUUCAGUAUUUAAGAAAGUAAGUUUUUUUACAUUAAUUGUACAAGACUGUGUUUGUUUUCAAUUUGUUAAGUUUUGAUAUUAUAAAUAUAAGUGUGAGAAACACUUUUAUCUAAUCGGCAACCAAACUGUCCGCACUCUGACUAACGUUGAACACUUGAAAUGUUUAUUGUUUUAUGUGUGUGUAUGAAGAAAGAGAAUAAUGGUUAAAGCUUGUCGUUAUAUAUAUAUUUUUCUACAAAGGACAUAAUAUUAUUUUAGAUUUCAUCAUGCUCAGCUGGAAGCUUGUCACGCUAAUUGUCUGCAGUUUUGGAUUUUUCAAAGAUCUGCGUCCUUCAGAAGCUUAUUUAACAGCAUAUCUCACAGGACCAUGGAAGAAUCUCACAGAAACGGAAGUGGACAACGAAAUCUACCCAUGGUGGACUUACUCGUAUCUUUUAUGGCUGUUGCCAAUGUUCUUGUUGACGGAUUAUUUUCGAUACAAACCGAUUCUCAUUCUUGAUGGUGUUGCUUACAUUGUAACAUGGGCACUACUUCUCUGGGCGCAAGGAGUUCCUGCAAUGAAAGGCAUGCAAGUUACGUACGGAUUGGCUACAGCCUGCGAAAUAGGAUAUUAUUCGUAUCUCUACGCGGUCGUUACCAAAGACCAUUUUCAAAAAGUUGCAAGUUUCACGAAAGCAGCAUCUUUGCUAGGAAAGUUCGUAGCGUAUCUGUGCGGCCAACUACUUGUUUCCUUUGACGUCAUGGACUUCUUUCAGCUAAACAUUUUCUCAUUUGUCAGCGUCAUAAUUGCAUUUAUAAUUACUAUAAUUUUACCUCGUGCAAAGCACUCGGAGCUGUUUAACCCAAGAAUAGAAAAUAGUGCGACAACUCCAAAGAGCGAAUCGGUACAUGAAGAAAGCAAUGCUGAUACAGGCGGUGGUGAGAAAACUGCUAAAAGUGAAUCAACAAAAGAAGAAAAAGUUGUUGAUACUAAUAAUGUUAGCAUUAGUGGUCCGAGAAGUUUGAUAAUGUUUCUCUUUGAUGAAGUGAAAACUAUUUACGCCAAUAAGAGUGUCCUUAUUUGGUCAGUUUGGUGGGCAUUUGCGUCAUGUGGCAAUUUUCAGGUUGGGAAUUAUAUACAGAACUUAUGGCAUAUCCUGACACCAUACAAGAAUGACCGGAAACAGCGCCAUCUUUAUAACGGUGCGGUAGAAGCUGCCGGUACACUGUUCAGUUCGGGGACAGUCCUAUUGGUUGGUUUCUUGCCCAUUGAUUGGUCAGUGAGAGGCAGAUGCGAGGUUUUAAUGGCGGCAGUUUGUGGACUUAACGCCGCCAUGUUGAUUAUUAUGGGUAAAACCACAAGUAUCUGGGUAUGCUAUGUACUGUAUGAUGUGUUCAGAGCAACUUAUCAGAUUGUCAUCACCAUAGCAACAGCACAGAUUGCUGAGCACCUAUCACGCCAGAGGUAUGGGUUCGUGUUUGGUUGUAAUACGUUCCUUGCCUUGCUCAUAGAGACCAUUUUAACAGCGAUUGUCGUGGAUGAGUCAGGGCUCGACGUCGAUAUUCAAACACAGUUUAUGGUUUAUGGAGGCUACUUUGCUGUGAUGACAGGUGCUUUCCUGACCGUUGCCAUAGUAACAAUUGUAAGGUCAAGAACAACACAUCGACGUUUCUACAAUAUCGGCAGUAAUGAAGCAAACUUACAAACGACACAGACAUGAGAAAAAUAUUUUUCUGGAACAUUAUGCAUAUCGAAUACAAAUUUCAGUUGUAUGGCUAUAUGGUAGACAAAGAUGUGCAAUGGUUCGUUGGAGAUCAACCAUAUACCUUUCCGCAUGACUGUCCAUCAGACGUUGUACAGUUUUUUUUCUGUUUCUAUUUCACACAUCAUUGUUUUCACUUCGUCGUUAAGUUUAAUGCAUACGGUAUAAUAUACAACUUACAACUUUAUAUUUUAUUAAAGUGUCACAUGUAAAACAUUCAUAACAUUUUUACAUAAUGUAUAAAACAGUCACGUUAAAACAGUUUUACAUCCAGCCAUUACUGACUUAUGAGACACUAAAACAGUAUAAAACAUGUAUUUGUACAUCAAGAUGUUUAGUUUGGAAGUAUCCAUAUUGUUGACCAUCAUUUACCCCAAGGCGCCCAUGCCACCACCACAAAAGCAGUGACGUAACCAAAGCAUCGACGGGCAAAUCAAACUCAACAGCAUCGAAACUAUCCAUUGACCUAACAGUGAUCUUCCCAUAUAAAAAAGUAAAAAGUUUUCUAUAUGUAAGUUAAAAGGGACUGACUGUCUGAUAAGCACAGACGAAAGAAUUAUCAUUAAACUUUAAGAGUCUGUAUCUGUUACUCAUGGAAUGAAGAACUGGACUGAUUUUUCUCUACAGAAUCAAAAACAUACUGAAAGAAACUUGCUUAAUGAUAUAAGUGUACUAAUUAAAUGUUAAGCAUAUAUAAUCUACUGAAUAUUAUUAACGUCUUAUUUGCAUUUCCUUUAAACCAGAAAAGGGUGCAUUAUCUGACAAUCAGUCUCCUCAGAUCACACAGCUUUCACAUCAAUAUCGUUUUUCAACAAUUUAGUACCAUAAAACAAGAUAAAAUGACUUAUUAAAACUAAAAAUAACCAUUUGAGAUUGUUUGCGAGAAAACUAAUAAUUGGGGCACAACAACCUGGAUUAAGCAGGGCCAACAUUUUCAAUGGCCAAACAGACAUAGGCUAACACCAGAUGAAAAGACCCACAAGUUAGUUUUCAUAUAGCUUGGCUAAUGUAGUUGUAUGUUA